AUCAAACCAAGAAAGGGCUACAGUAACAUUUCAUUCAAAGAAUUUACGCCUAGUCACAACUACCUCUCAAAUCUCUCUCUUUCCCCCAAGCUUGCUCCUUGCCAAAUCCUCUUGCAUUGAGAAGAAAGCAAGUGUUGUUGGCUGUUUUGGAAUUGCAUGGAUGUAUGUCGUUCCAUCCCUCCCACGGUUAACUGUGACUUAGCCAACUCUUUCCAAUCCAUCACUGCAAAUCUUAUUAACAAUGACAAGAUUAAUAAGCCUAGUAUUGAGUCCAUCAGUCUCCAACACAUACAAGUUGAGUGUGAUGACUGCAAAUGUAUGUUUGAUGAAGAUGAUAAUAUGGUGAGCCCUAUGGCUGGAUCAUCGAUGGGGAGAAUCCCACAUUCUCCGAAACACGAGGCAGCUAUAAAGUUGCAGAAGGUUUACAAGAGUUUCAGAACCAGGAGAAAGUUAGCUGAUUGUGCAGUUCUCAUUGAGCAGAGAUGGUGGAAGCUGCUAGACUUUGCAGAGCUCAAGCAUAGCUCCGUUUCCUUCUUCGAUAUAGACAGGCGCGAGACUGCCAUCUCGCGUUGGUCAAGGGCUCGAACGAGGGCUGCAAAGGUUGGAAAGGGGCUGUCCAAGAAUGGAAAAGCUCAGAAACUUGCUUUGCAGCAUUGGCUUGAAGCUAUUGAUCCACGGCACCGUUAUGGCCACAAUCUCCAUAUCUAUUAUGUUAAAUGGCUGAAUUCACAAAGCAGAGAGCCCUUCUUUUAUUGGCUAGAUAUAGGAGAAGGGAAAGACAUAAAUCUUGUCGAGAAGUGCCCUCGUUCGAAGCUUCAUCAGCAGUGCAUCAAGUAUCUUGGCAUGAUGGAACGGAAGGCGUAUGAAGUUGUGAUUGAGGGUGGGAGGCUCUUGUACAAGCAGACGGGGGAGCCCCUCAACACCACCAGGGUUUGUAAGUGGAUUUUUGUCCUCAGCACGUCGAGGACAUUGUAUGUUGGGAAGAAAAGGAAGGGAACAUUCCAACACUCGAGUUUCUUGGCUGGCGGUGCUACACUUGCUGCAGGGAGGAUAGUGGCCAAAAACGGAGUCUUGAAGGCAGUGUGGCCUCACAGUGGUCAUUACAAACCAACACCAGAAAAUUUCCAAAACUUCAUAUCAUUUCUCAGGGAGAACAAUGUUGAUCUCAGUGAUGUCAAGCUUGACUCCACCGAUGAACAAGAAGACAGCCUAUACAAUGCAUCUUCAUCAACAUCAUCACAUAAACCUCAGUAUGCAGAAGAAAGCACCACCGGUCAAGGCUUCAGUGCCCUCGAGAUACCUUGCAAGGACAGCUUGUUCGAGAAGCUGAUGACUGAAAACCAAAGAUCAAGCUCUGAUGAAUCUCCAACCGAAGAGGAGAGCAAGUCUUUCCAACUGGGAAAGCAGCUAUCUUGGAACUGGAGCACCGGGGCAGGCCCUCGGAUUGGCUGCGUGAGAGACUACCCUUGGCGCCUCCAAGAACGCGCCUUGGAAGACGUAAAGCUCUCUCCACGAAGCAUCAAACGCCUGAGUUCAGACUCCCCGUUUCCAUCUGAAUCGCAGCGAGCAGACUGCAUUCUCUCUUGCAGGACUAGUGCUCAUUCAAAAACACAGUCUUCACCACUGCAUUCACUUUGCUAGUUAUAGAAGGAUAGUGCAUUAGUGUUGAUUCUUUGAUUUAAGCCAUGAUUUAUUUAUUUUUUCACAAUUUUGGUUAAUCAUGUACAUAAUUUUUGUUCUUCAAAUAUAGUAUAGAAACACUAGAACAAGGAUGUAGGUUGUAUAUAUGUAGUAUAUAUAUUUUGACAAUGUAACUAAUAUAUGAUCAAAGGAAAAUGUGAUUCUUUCUCCAA